AUGACAGAAUACUUUUCACAAUGUGAAGUGGCCCAGUUUGAAACGGACUGGCAUCCUUCAUCUCGGUCAGCCUCGAGCUCAGCUUCGCAGAAUGUCAACUGGCGGUCUGGAGCUACAGUCGGUUCCGGCGGGACCAAAUCCGGUCAUAGCGGAGGAGAGAUGAGCGGACAAAAUGCAAUUCACAUGCACCCCCAGCUCUAUUCGGGAGGAUCGGCGGGGGGGUGUGGCAUGGGUAUGAUGAUGGGACAUCAACACUCCCACGAGAUGUCAUGCAACGGUCUCUGCGGUGGAAUGCAUUCUUACGACGUUAUCGACGCUUGCCCUGGCAACAACUCUAAAGGCUCCGGUAUGAUUAUGACACGUGGUUACCACGCCGGACCACAGGGACAGGGAGCGCCGGCUAUGCUCAUGCUUGGCGGCAUGGCAACUGGUUCUGGGCCGUCUGGUGGCGGCAGCAGCGGUGGUGGGGGUUCAGCUGUAGCUGGCGGCGGAGGUGGUGGUUCAGUUGCCGGGGCGACAGGAAGUGGGAAAGCGUCUCUUCCGCCGGCCAGUCAUCAUUCGCCUGAGCAAAGAACCAGCUAUCGUGAGGCGAAAGGAACGGCUAAACUGUACCUGCAAUCGCGAGUUGUUGAUCGUGCCCACGCGCACGCGCACACGCACAAGCAUACACACACGCACAGUCAACGUGCAGGGCCUGAAACAUUUUAUCUCGUGUCGUCGGGACAACAAUUCAUUGUCAACAACUUUCCUACAGCCCAACUAUCUUGCGUCAGGACGGCAAUCCAAUGGCGUGGAUACUAA